CAAAAUUUGCAUAAUUAAUUUAGCUGUAAAAAGAAAAAAUUUAUUUGGUGUUGUAAUAAAAAAAAGAUAAAAAUGAUUAGAGGUUGUACAACAAAAGAUGAACAUAACAUUACUUAUGAAUGGGAGAUAAAAAAAUUUGAUACUUACCUAUCAUAUGUUAAAUUCGGAAUGAAAAGUAUUGAGUCUACAAAAUUUUCAUCAGGAUCACCGUUUAAAGAUAUAUGGUGUCUUAAAUCUGUCUUUAGAGAUGGCACCGUAGAAAUUGUUCUAUGUUUAUUAAGCAAUCAUUCACUACCAAUUGAAACGAAAUAUUCAUUUUUCAUUUUGGAUAAUGAAAAAAAAAAAGUUUUUAUGAAGAGCUACCAUAGCCCAUUGAGUACGGGUGAAGAAACAUAUUUGAUUUUAUCAAAAAAAAAUUGGGAAAAUAAUGAAGAUCGAUAUUUACCAAAUAACAUUUUGACAGUAGGUUUGGAUCUUUCUGUAUUUGAUGAACCUAUCACAAUUUCUUCAGAAUUUGAACUAAAAAUUGCAAAGCGCCCGAUGGCCCAAGAUUAUAAAGAAUUUUACCUUGCGAAGAUAGAAACUGAUGUUACAAUCAACGUGGGUGAUGAAAAAUUUCGGGCUCAUAAAUCUAUUUUAAUGGCACGAAGUUGCGUUCUCGCUGCAAUGUUUAAUAAUGAAAUGAUCGAAAAAAAGGAAAAUACCGUAACUAUACCAGAUAUCGAUCCUCAGAUAUUUGAAAAAAUUCUAGAAUUUAUUUAUACUGAUCAAGUUAGUGAUUUAGAUGAAAAUGCUGAGCUUCUAUUAGAAGGCGCUGACAAAUAUCAGCUUCAAUCACUCAAAGAAAUGUGUGAAGAAUCUCUUAGUAAAACUUUAACUUUUGAAAAUGCGUUUAAGUUGUCUAUUUUUGCUGAUUUUCACAAUGCCAAUCACUUACUUAAAUUUACUGAUAAUUUUAUUCUCUUGAACGUCGACAAAGUUUUUAAUACUUUAAAUUUUGACCAGCUCGAAAAAUCAAAUUUAUAUUUGAUUUUGAAAUUGUUAAGAAAGCAUCCAUUUCCAAUGGAUAAAAAUUAAUUUCGUAUUAUUGGUACAAUUUUCAAACAGCUUAUAAAUGCACGGGUUGCGUUACAAAAUAUAUUGGGACCAUUCAAAAAUGAUUAUUUACAAACACUCCACAAUAUACGAAUAAAAACAACUUUAAGUUUAAUUGAUCUGAGAAUAUUUUUUUAGUACUUAAUAAGUUUUAUAUUAUUUUUCGCUUAAAAAAAAUUAAUGUCAAUGUUAACAAAUUGAAAAAAAAAAAAAAAAAAAAACUUAAAUUCGAGUAUAAUUUAGGAGCUGCUGACGAAUAUCUUUUUUUCCCCUUCGGACGUAAAGCGUCAACUUUAGCCCCGCUGCGCGAAACGAAGUUGCCGCUUUACGCCUUCGCCGGGGAAAAAAUAGUAUACACUCCUCGGGAAGUAAAUAAGAAAGCCUCAGAUCACAUGUUUGUUGACCUCGGCUUCGCCUCGGCCAACAAUUACCUGUGAUCUGAGACAUUUCUUACUUUACUUCCCUAGGGGUGUAAUAUACUAUUGGCGAUGUUAAAACAAAUGUAUUAAAAUUCAAUCAGCAAAUUUCACUCCAUUAAAUGCAGUUUAAAAGAGAAAAAUUGUAAACUAACGUUCUUGAAUUCAUACUGAUAAAAGUACAAAUUUUUUUCUUUUUCAUUUACAAUACUUAAUAAUUUUAUUGUUUUAAUAAUAUAUGUGAAUUUUAAUUUUUACAAAUGGAGUUGACCACACACAUUCGAUGCAAUCAAUUUUCAUAGCUAUGUUUUUUAUUUAAUUAAUAGAAUCUUCUAGGUAUCAAUAUUUCUAUAGUUUCGCUAUUACAAUUCAAAAAAUUUAAUAUAAAUUUAUAAAGAAAAAAUU